AUGCAGAGCCUGAACUGGACCACUACCACUGCAAACUACUUUCAUCUGGUGAACACCAUAGUGCCAGGACCGCAGAGCUGGACUUUUUUCGUCCCACAUAUCCUUUUACCUGCCAGCUUACUAGCACCCCCACACAUCCUUUCCCACAAUGCCCUGGCUACGACCGUGUUCCCCGUUAUUCUGGCCUCGACUAUUCACGCAGUCGUUGCAAUGAAAGGUCCAGAUGUCAUCAGCAUGGAUACACUAUGGUGGAGUCUGUACUUUCUAGUACUUAGAGAUCCGAGGAGAGACUUUAAGCGAGUAGUAGUGGAGAAAGAGGAAAAUGAGCCGAGACCUGCUGGAGAGUUGCGAGAAAGCCAUCAAGGACUGCGAGCAUCUGACAGCAAGCUUGUCGAUUGGCCAUACCCGUCUUCCUUCUUAGCUCGCCUAAGAUGGACUUUGACACUCAUCUCCGAGCGGCCCCUCACUUCAUGGAAGACUGGUCGUCCAUCUCACGACGCAUCUGUCUCGCCACUUUACCUUCGCCGAACACGGAUCAGAUUCGUGGGGAACAUUAUGCUCAUCUGGAUCCCAGCGAUGUUGAUCAUAAUGCCUCUGGCCCUUCGGCUCCACAUGAUUGAGACCGUAAUAUUGCCGUAUGACAGCGCCGACGAUUCGAAGGGCAGCAGCGCCGAUGUUCUCACUUAUCUUUUACCAACGCGAUUCAGCAUCCUUCGCAUGCUCUACCAAUUAGUUCCAGCUCGCCUCCUCCGCUCUCUAUCCAUCGGGAUGUUCCUCUAUAGCUUUCUUAUCCUCCACUUUCUUGGAGUAUACCUCAUACCACCCUUCCUCUCUUUCUUGAUCAAUCCUGCGUCAGGAGCUUAUCAUACAUGGUCGACUCACCUGUGGCCACGUCCUCAUUUCGGUCCCUUCGCAGCGGUGCUUGAUUCUGGCUUGCGAGGUCUAUGGGGAACCUGGUGGCACCAACAAAUGAGACAUGCCGUUAGCGAACCUGGGAGGUGGUUGAGCGAUCGUCUCGGACUUGGAAAAGGAACCGUCAGAUAUGGAAUAAUCUGCGGAAGUGCAUUCCUGUUGAGCGGAAUCACCCACAUGGGUCUCGUUCCACCAGAGGCUGCGAAUGCGUGGAAGUUGAGAUGGCUGAUUGGUUCUUUCUUCUUCGCGCAGCCUGUAGGAAUCUUGUUGGAAGUUGUGGUGGUGGAGAGAAUCCUGGAACGUCUCGAGACUUGCUUGAGCAGCUCGRGGACGCGAGCGUUAGACAUCAGGACAUUKAGACUGUGCUGGGUCCUGCUAUUCAUGAGCGUACCUCUGUCGUUCCUGGCGCUUCCCUUUGAACAAUUAGGGUACUGGAGCAUCUGGCCAUGGUUCUUCCUGGACGAAGGGGUCAAAAGUGUGCUGAGGGGGGAAUGGAUCCCGUAG